AUGAGAUCUGUCUGUGAUGACCUGAGCUACAAUAUUGAGGAAGAAACGAAGCGCCAGUAUGUGAUUGGAAAUAUAGCAAAGGAUCUCAGGAUGGAUGUGAAACAAUUAUCUGCUCGUAAGGCUCGGAUAGACAGUGAGGACAGCAGCAAACGGUACUGUGAUAUUAAUCUGAAUACUGGUGAUUUAAUCGUGGCAGAGACAAUAGACCGAGAGGAGCUUUGUGGAUCCCAAAUUCCCUGCAUUCUUAGCUAUGAUCUCUUCCUGGAAAACCCUCUUGAAGUCCAUCAUGGGGGAAAAUACGCUGAACUCGUGUUGGAAAAGGAGUUGGAUCGUGAACAGCAGCAGGAGAUAGAUAUGAUACUCACAGCCACUGAUGGUGGUUCACCGCAGAGGUCUGGCACUGCUGUCAUACACAUCACUGUUCUCGAUGCUAAUGAUAAUGUCCCAGUGUUUAGUGAGUCUGUUUAUAAAGUCACCCUGGCUGAAAAUACACCUUCAGGAACAGAAAUAAUCCGAGUGAGCGCCAAGGAUGCAGAUGAAGGUCCAAACGGAGAAGUAACUUAUGAAUUCAGCAGAAUGUCAGAUAAAACUGCAAAAUUAUUUUCUAUUGAUAAGACAACAGGACAAAUUGUGGUGACUGGAGAAAUUGAUUAUGAAAAAGACAAAAAGUAUGAAAUGGGAAUUCAAGCGAAAGAUGCAUCUGGAUUAGCAUCAACUGCUAAAGUUAUAAUAGAUAUAAUUGAUGUGAAUGACAAUCCGCCUAGAAUCACCCUUAAAUCUUUGAAUAACCCAGUACCUGAAAACUCUGAGCCAGGCACUGAGGUGGGAAUCAUUAAUGCUCAAGACAAAGACUCAGGAGAAAACCGGCAGAUUCGUUGUUCUGUUCAGCAAAAUGUUCCUUUCAAACUGAACCCAUCUGUUAAAAACUAUUUCUCUCUAGUGACUACAAAAGCUCUAGACCGAGAGAAAGAAUCUGAUUACAACAUUACCAUCACAGCCACAGAUGGGGGAUCUCCACCAUUAUCCACCUCCAUGACAAUUCAUUUAUUUGUCUCAGAUGUGAAUGAUAAUCCUCCUGUAUUUGUGCAGCAGUCAUACAGUGCUUAUAUACGUGAAAAUAACAAACCAGGCUCUUCUGUUUGUUCUGUCAGUGCAAAUGACCCAGACUGGAGACAGAACGGGACUGUACUGUACUCUCUGGUAACCAGUGAAGUCAAUGGGGUCCCAGUGUCCUCGUUUCUAUUUAUUAAUGGAGAUACAGGGGUGAUUCAUGCUGUAAGAUCAUUUGACUAUGAGCAGUUCAGAAACCUCACUGUCAAAGUUGUUGCCAGAGACAAUGGAUCUCCACCGCUCAGCAGUAACGUGACUGUGAAAGUCUUCAUAACAGAUGAGAAUGAUAACUCUCCACAGAUAUUAUACCCUGUUCCUGAUGGAAAGUCUUUAAUGACUGAAAUGAUCCCUAAAGCGACUCUCUCAGGCUCUCUGGUGUCCAAAGUGAUCGCUGUAGAUGCUGACUCUGGACAGAAUGCAUGGCUGUCCUAUCAGAUUGUCAAAUCUACUGAUCCGGGACUGUUCACUAUUGGUCUCCAUAGUGGAGAGAUCAAAACACAACGAGACAUUUCUGAAUCUGACAAUAUGAAGCAGAACCUUGUUAUUUCGGUGAAGGAUAAUGGACAGCCCUCUCUGUCUAUGACCUGUUCUGUAAAUGUACUCAUUUCUGACAACCUUUCUGAAGUUCCUGAACUUAAAGAUAUGACUUAUGAGGACAACAACUCUAAAUUAACGUCCUACUUGGUCAUUGCAUUAGUUUGCGUGUCCACCUUCUUCCUGACGUUCAUCAUGUUGAUCGUGGCAGUGAAGUUUUGUCACAAGAGAAAGCCCAGACUGUUGUUUGAUGGAGCAGUUGCUGUUCCCAGCGCCUAUCUCCCUCCCAAUUAUGCAGAUUUGGAUGGAGCAGGAACUCUCCGCAGCUCUUACAAUUAUGAUACAUAUCUAACCACAGGCUCACACACCAGUGACUUCAAAUUCAUAAGAUCUUACAAUGAAAACACAAUUCCUGCUGGUGGGACUCUGAAAUCAGUUAAAAGUGAUUCAUUUGGAACACAUGUUCUCACUCUUGUCAACACAGAAGAGGCUGACGAGUUCAGAAACUUCACUGUCAAAGUUGUUGCCAGAGACAAUGGAUCUCCACCACUCAGCAGUAACGUGACUGUGAAAGUCUUCAUAACAGAUGAGAAUGAUAACUCUCCACAGAUACUAUACCCUGUUCCUGAUGGAAAAUCUUUAAUGACUGAAAUGAUCCCUAAAACGACUCUCUCAGGCUCUCUGGUGUCCAAAGUGAUCGCUGUAGAUGCUGACUCUGGACAGAAUGCAUGGCUGUCCUAUCAGAUUGUAAAAUCUACUGAUCCGGGACUGUUCACUAUUGGUCUCCAUAGUGGAGAGAUCAAAACACAACGAGACAUUUCUGAAUCUGACAAUAUGAAGCAGAACCUUGUUAUUUCAGUAAAGGAUAAUGGACAGCCCUCUCUGUCUAUGACCUGUGCUGUAAAUUUACUAAUUUCUGACAACCUUUCUGAAGUUCCUGAACUUAAAGAUAUGACUUAUGAGGACAACAACUCUAAAUUAACAUUAUAUUUGAUCAUUGCAUUAGUUUGCGUGUCCACCUUCUUCCUGACGUUCAUCCUGUUGAUCAUGGCAGUGAAGUUUGGUCACAGGAGAAAGCCCAGACUGUUGUUUGAUGGAGCAGUUGCUGUUCCCAGCGCCUAUCUCCCUCCCAAUUAUGCAGAUUCGCAUUACGGCUGCUGGUCUUGUAUUUGCGACUUUGAAGCUCUGAGUGCCGCUGUUGAUUAA